UGUUUUGAUGGCGUCAUAAAAAAGCGACGCUACUGAUGUUUUGAUGCUAGGCGGAAAACGCUAGCUUCAGUUUUUAAUAACAUUUUGGUCGUUACGCUGGUGUUCAAACAUGGGGAAAUCUUUUGCUAAUUUCAUGUGCAAGAAGGAUUUUCAUCCUGCGUCAAAAUCCAACAUAAAGAAGGUAUGGAUCGCAGAGCAAAAGUUAACCUUCGAGAAGAAGCAGCAGGAGGAUCUGAUGCAGGCUUACCUGAAGGAGCAGGACACGUACAACAACAGACUGCUGAUGGGAGACGAUCGUGUGAAAAAUGGCCUUAACUUCAUGUAUGAAGCGCCUCCUGGAGCAUCUAAAGAGGAGGAAAAAGAGGGAGGAGAGUCCGAGUACAAGUUUGAGUGGCAGAAAGUAGCUCCUCGUGAAAAGUAUGCAAAGGAUGACAUGAAUAUUCGAGAUCAGCCCUUUGGCAUUCAGGUGCGUAAUGUGCGCUGCAUUAAGUGUCAUAAAUGGGGUCAUGUGAACACGGAUCGCGAGUGUCCCCUCUUCGGUCUGUCGGGGAUCAAUGCCAGCUCUAUGCCCAGUGAAGAAGCAGCAGGUCCGUCGAUGCACCCCUCCGAGUUAAUGGCAGAGAUGCGAAACAGUGGGUUUGCGCUGAAGAAAUGUGUCCUUGGGAGGGACGCCACCAUGACUGAUCCAGCACAGGAUUUUGUGGCCAGCGAGGAAGAAGACGACCCUGAGGUGGAGUUCCUGAAAUCUCUGUCCACCAAACAGAAACAGAAACUACUCAGAAAACUUGACCGUCUUGAAAAGAAGAAAGAGAAGAAGAAGAAGAGUAAAAAGGAGAAAAAGAAGAGCAAAAAGAAGCAGAAAAAGAAGCCAGCCGAGAGUGAGAGUUCAUCCAGCAGCUCCUCAGACAGCAGCGACAGCGACUCUGAGGACAAGAAGAAGAAGAGGAAGAAGAGGAGGGACUCGUCCAGUGAGAGAGGGAGGGAGGACAAAGAGAGAGGACAAGAUAGACACAGGAGCAGGAGUAGAGAGAGGAGGAGAGAGAAAAGCAGGAGCCCUCAGCGAUGGAGAGAUGGUAAGGAGAGGGACAGGAGCGCGAGCAGGGAGAAAAGAGACCAGGAGAAGGGCAAGAGGGAACGAGAGAGAAACUGGGAUAGAAAUGUCAAAAGGAGGAGUGUCAGUCGGGAACGAGGGAGGGGCUCGGACAAACACGGCAGGAGUGAUAGCAGGGAUGCAGAGAGGAAGAAAUGAGUCUCAAAGGACAUGAUUGACUCGCCCUUGUGUCAUUCCAAACUCUGACCACUUUUUAAACACUUUAAAGCUUGAUCGCUCCGAUGACAAUACAAUAUAAUGUUAUACACACAUCUGCUUAAAGGUGUGCGAUACCUUUUGUGUGAAAUUCAAGGCAUUGGUCUUGUAAUUCUUCCCCUUUCCUUGAAGUUCUGUUGGUCUGCUGAGAACCAAUGACACUUGAGGAUAUUAGGAGCUUUAGACGUCACUCGUACCGAAAUGAGACGUUUAAAUAUAAAUAUAUUUUUAAUUUCCUUUUCUGUUUGAGUCAUGAGAGUUUGGACUGACGUGAGGGUUACUAAAUGAGGACCGAAUCUGAAAUGUUUUGGGUAAAUAGUUUCUCUGGGUGGCUUUCCCAAUGUUUUUUUUUUCUCUGGGAAUUUCUCCAGAAGAGGGCGCCAUGAGAAUGUAGAAACUCAACCUGUUAUACACCAGGAAUUAAAGUGUUUUCAAUACAUUUGCUGUACUCCUAGUUCAUGUUCUCUUUUCUUUAAGCAUUUAGCCCUCCUCAAAUGUAAUGUUUGUUUGACUCGUUGACAGGUUAUAUAUUCCACACAUAAUAUUCUGUUCAUUAAACUAUUAUUUAUGGUU